AGGCGCCGUUAUUGUAGUAUGCGCUCCGAAGGACUCUGCAAGAAGGAGGACAUUCUGGAAUGUGUAAAUAAAAAGGCAGAUGACAAAAAACUGCGACACUUUUCAAUCAGUCGAUAUGGGUUAGUGGAUAACGAUGUUAGAAAAGUUGUAUGGCCAAUUUUAGUGAGAGGAAAUUGCGAACUACCAGAUAUAGACCCUGAAAUGGUAAAGCACCAUCCAAGCUAUCAUCAAGUUAAAUUGGACACAUGUCGUAUGACAAGUUUAAUGCCUAAGAACUCAAAUCCCGAAGAAAUUGAAAGUAUGCAACAAAUUGUUACUCGUCUAGUGAUUUCUGUAUUAGUGGAUAAUCCUUCUUUACAUUAUUAUCAGGGUUUCCAUGAUAUUUGUUAUGUAUUCUUUUCCGUUUUGGGUGAAAGAGAAUCUCGAAUGUUGCUGAAUAAAUUGAUCCCAACUCAUUUCAGUUUGUUCAUGCAGAAAUCUAUGGAUGUAACUCUGGAAUACAUGCAAUUGAUAUUCGCCUUGUUAGAGCAUGUUUCAACUUCUGUACUGAAUAGUAUAGAAUCUGUUGAGUUAGGCCCAGAUUUCGCUAUUGCUUGGAUUAUUACUUGGUUUGCUCAUGUUCUACCUAAUAUGGAUGAUGUCAGACGCCUGUUCGAUUUAUUUUUAGCAACAGAUCCUAUCAUGUUGGUUUAUGUUUCAGUUGCUGUGAGUUCGUAUUAUUUAAAAAAAAUAGGAUAUCGAAGUAGAUUUCACUACUUCUGUAAUGUAAUAGGAUAUUAAAAAGGUGGAUAAUAAAAAGUUGAUAUAUCUUUCUCCAGAAUUUUCUUUAUGGAUUCUAUUCUGGAAAGUUACCUCAUACUACCUUGUGACCUUUUGUUAUAAUUUCUCUUAUUAUGACCUAGUUAUUCCUAUUGCUUAGUAAUCUUGGACACAAAUUCACUCGACAAAUCCUCAAAUCAGAGCAUGGUUAAACAGGAACUGAAUUACAUUCCAAAUAAAAAAGGUAGAUGAAAGUAAGAGUUAAAAUAAGAAAACCGUUAGUAUAUUUAUAGUUUUUGCACGAGAAGAUUCUAGAGUUUUUCCCAAGUAUCCACUAGCGCUGAUUGGAUAAGAAAUAGCCAGACUACUUGGUUGGGGUCCGUGUGACUAUCGUAACCAAUGAUUAGAGACUCUGGAUGACGUGGCUCAGAAUCGAUCACAAUGAGGUCGGUGUAUACACUCGCUGUCUUGCCUUAAACUAAGAGAUUAAAAUCACUUCAUUAUCUUUCUUCCUGUACUAUAUCCUUAUAUGCAAUCUUUCUUUUAUAUAUUACUACCACUGAAUUAACUACUUUUAUGAAUCCGGUGUUCAUCUUGCUGUGCUAAUGAGCUGUAGCAACUUGGAUCGAUGCAUAUAUGUGCCUGGUCCUACGUUGCACCUGACUGACUGAGAAUCAGCGUGCCCCAACAUAAUACUGCACGGAACGUGCUUUAAUCCAAUCCAUAUUUCGCUAACCCGUUUAGUCCAAAUCAGUUAUGGAUUUUUAGUGUUUUUGUUUGUAGUAAUGACUAUGAUUAAUGACCUUUAAAUUUAUCUUUAUUAUGGAUACAUGAAAUUAUUGGAGACUGACCCGUUUAUCAAUUGUUUCACAUUUAUGUACUGCGUUUUUAUUGUAUACAGACGAAAUAGUUUUGUCUAAUGAACACUUGAACCUUGAUUCAGUUUUCUGAAAACUUGUUUUUAAAAGUUUCAAGUUGUUCAGUAAUAUGUGUUUGAAUGUUGGCGCUAAAUUUGUGUUUUAAAAUUUGUUCACAUAAACUCCCAAAGUAUUUUAUAUAACGUCUAGGGUAAAUUGUGUAAUAGUGUUGAGUAUUUUCACCUCCUGAGAGGAUAGAUCAGUUACAUUGGGCUGGUGGUCGAUAUGGUUUGAUGUACUCCAACUCUUGAGUUUGGGAUUCAUCGAUAUUCACUGUUAUGACUAACAGUGUCGGAAGUUAAUACUGAUACAAAAACUUAUGAUACGCAAGCUCCCAAGCGGCUACCGAUUGAGAAGACUAAGAGUGAAGGUGGAAGUUUAUUGGAUUAAACCGAACUCGAUAAAAAAGUGCUAGUUUAUAUAUAUGUAUAUAUUCACUCUUUGGAAAAUAAAACCAUUUUUCGACCAAUAACAUCCACUCGUCAUUCGGAGGUUUUUGAUUGCUGCAACUUGGUCUUCUCAUUUAGCAGUUUUGAUUAUCCCACUGAUCAUUCGCCACCUAUUCUUUAUUUGAAAAGUUAUUAAAGUAAAUCAAGUAUCUUGUUUAUCAAUCCUUACUAUCUGUCAGACAACUUCAGAAAAUCAAUGUUGCGAAAAACCUCGAAACGACUUUAAACAAUAGAUUACGUAAUAGAACCCUUAAGUAAAUAGAUUUCAAGUUAAGCGUGUAGUUUGGGAAGCGAGGGAUAAGGUGGUUUACAAAGUUUAAAAACCAUUAGUUGAGAAAAGUGUAAUAUUUAAUGAAUUACAACCACCACGUGAUCUAAUCUGUGUAUAACGUGUAAAUCGAGUAUUCAAUCCAGUGGUAGUAUAAACUCGGUCACCAGUCUUAUCGUACUAUAUCGUGGAACGAGAGGAAAGAUUUCCAUUAAUCCGUUAUAUCACAUCAACACUGAAAUUCAAGUACAUCCAGCUAAUGGAUCCAAAAUGCGAUGGAACGUUCCCGCUGUAUUCUAUUGCUAGACACAUUCCAAGAAUAUGAAAUGGUUGUAUAUUGUCUACUUUUCUGGUUUAUUAACUUUCCAUGAUUAUUUUUUUACUCUUUAAUAACUAAUAAACUUGUUGAUUUCGUCUUAAAAUUAAAAAUAUCCCCCUUUUCAUAGAUAAUUACUAUCAGUGCCAAAGAAGUGGAAUCAACACCGCUGGAUUUUGCUCUUUUGUAUCAAACACUUGCACGUCUACCUAAACUACAUCCUGUUGAGGAGCUUAUCCGUGAAGCUUUAAAAAUUUACAUUGAUUUAGAACCAGACAAAUUAAUUGAAUUAGGCAAUAAACGUAUUCUAAAAUAUCGUGAGCAAAAAUUACUAAACCGAUCACCAAUAAUACGUCAACCAUUUUCAAAAUCUACAAAUAAACAUAUAUUAUGGGGAUUAAUUACGCAGCAUCAAAGAACUAUUUUCUCUCUUAGUCUUAUCGUCAUUGUCAUUAGCUAUUUAUUAAAUAAAAGUUUAAAAGACUAGAAAAAAAAGAUGAAAAAAGACCUAGUUAUAAUUGUUCAUAGUUAUGUAAUAAAGUUGAUUAUUUUCUAAGUUAUUUUGUCAAUACUUUAUUCAACUUGUUCAGAAAUAUAUAUAUAUAUAUAUAUAUAUAUAUAUAUAUAUAUAUAUAUAUUAUUUCUUAAAAAUGCGUUCAAUGCAAGCUGAUGUAUGAAGUAUGUUCACCUCUUUUUAUUUCAGAAAUCUUUCUUCCCUUCUUUUUGUCACCCUGUUUUAUGUCUUUUUAUAUUAUGGAUAUUCUAUGUCUAUGUAGUAUUGUUGGUGAAUUGUAGGGUAGAUAAGGAAUCUGUUUGAUUUUUCUCCUUAGGAAAAUUUAUGAUGAUAAUAAUUUGAUUAUUUAUUUUUAUUGUAUUUGUUUUUUUUUUUUAAGAAAUAAAUUUAUGGAACAA